AUGCGUGCCCCUCACGGGACUUACGCGCGGAUUGCACCGCGAAGUGGAUUAGCGGUAAAAGGAAUUGAUAUUGGCGCUGGAGUUGUCGACCGUGAUUAUACCGGAGAAAAACUACGCAAGGAUGGAUAUGGAAAUACCGUGAACGACUCUUAUCCCUCCUGGAAAAUUCGCUCUAUCGUUCGCUGGGACCCGACAGAAGAGCUCGAUAAGUACUUGCCGACCUUGCGCCAAGCGUUCAACCCUCCUGCUGAUCGCAAGGAUCUUCACCCGCUGAACGAGUACCGUCCGACUGCGUACCGUCUCCCAUACGGACAUGAAGUCACUUUGGCGGCCCGACUCGAGAACAGCAUCUUGCUCGAUCUCGACCGUGCUCUACGAGAGAUGGCUAGAGCAGGGCACUUCCCGCAGACACAUGUGCCUGUGUGCACUGACGUUGGGGCCAACGGCUUCUGUCGUCCGUCGACGAAGCUCAAGGCCGCCGGUAAGAAGUUUGAGUCCGAUCGCUGCGCCAAGGAGCUGGACAAGCAGGACGACCUCACCUGUGUCAACCGCUGCCCUGGAGACAUCAAAUGCGCAUACAAGUUCCAGGGUUCGUGGUGGGACUAUCAGAACGAGCGCGAUGUUGGCUACAAGUCUCUUUGGGAGGAGUAUCGGAACGUCGUCGCGCAGAUCAGACACUACAUGGUUGAUGUUGGGCAUAGAGACCCUAAGGAAAAAGAAGCUGAGCGUAGCGGUGGGAAGGUCGAGGUUCCUUAUUUCGGCGCGAGGUACGGUUACAUCCUGACCGAGCAAGAAGUCGUCCUCAUCAAGCGCGUCCAAGACACCCAAGGUUUUAAUACGCUUCACGCCACUGACGGCAUUCCUCUGCGCACCGUUCGGGGACAGCGCAUGAACGGUAUGGUCGCGCUUCUGUUUAUUCACCUACUUGCUGCGUCCAUUCAUGAGUGGUGGAUAGAGAACGGUAGGAAUGACCAUUAA